AUGCCAAAUGCAUUAAGGAAUAGAGUUCUAUCAGAAAUACAUGCAGACCACCAAGGUAUUGUCAGAUCAAAGUCAAUUGCUAGAACUUAUGUUUGGUGGCCAGGUGUUGAUAGGGACAUUGAAAAUUUGGUUAAGAAGUGUAUGAAUUGUGCAUUACAACAAAAUAAUCCAAAACUAACACGAAUGCACCCAUGGGAAUUACCCAGAUACCCGUGGCAACGUGUACAUGUAGAUUUUGCAGGUCCAUUUUUAGGAUACUCAUAUCUAAUAUUAGUAGAUGCAUAUAGUAAGUGGCCAGAAGUUAUACCAAUGCAAACAACUUCAUCGGUAGCAACUAUAAGAUCACUCAUGCAAAUCUUUGCAACGCAUGGUUUGCCAGAAAGAAUAGUGACAGACAAUGGCCCACAGUUUACUUCACAGGAGUUUAAGGAAUUUCUGAAUGUAAAUGGUAUACAACAUACAUUAUCAGCAACUUAUCAUCCAUCCACGAAUGGUGAAGCAGAAAGGUUUGUUCAAACUUUCAAACAUAAUAUGAAGUGUAGGCAAGCAAAUUCUGGUUAUGUCAUGGUAAGGUCAUACAAUACACCAGAAAAAUGGGUACAAGGAGAAAUUGUCAGGAAGAUAGGUAAUUUACAUUAUGAUGUUAAUGUCGGUGGAAAGAUUGUAAAACGUCAUGUUGAUCAGUUGCAGUCAUUUGGUACAAAUAAUACAGAAGUACAAGUUUCAAAUACCUCAAACUUAAAUAACUCAGAUGUGCAAACUGCUCACCAAGAUGUUCAAAAUCAUGCAACAGCUCAGAACACACCUAUAGUACUCCCUAACAGAAUGAGUAGAGGAAAACCUCCUGAAAGAUUAGAUUUGUAA